AUGGAUAUCACAGAGCUCAUAAGUGAAAGCAGCGAAGUCACAAAUCUAAGUCCAGAAAAUUCAGAUUUGAAGAAAGGGGCAAAUGUUCAUUUAUUAUUUCAUCGCGAGACGGGGAUUUUAUUGACAAGGAAAAAUGUUGCGAUCUGCAAUUGGUCACAGCAAACGAACAGAAUGAAUUUGAGAUUUCCUUCCAUCAUUCAGUUAUACCAUAUUGAGAAAAUUGAUAAUGAACUUGACUUUUUUCAAGAAUUCUUUCCUUAUGGCGAUUUAACGAAAUUUGAGGAAUACAAUUACAUUGGAGAAAAUAUCAUAGCUCAAUUUUUCUAUCAAUGCGCACGUGGUUUGCAAUAUCUUCACAAUCAAGGAUAUAUUCACCGUGAUAUCAAACCACCUAACAUUUUCAUUGAUAAAAAUAAAAAUGCUUCAUUAGAAGAUCUAGAAAAUUCUACCAACGAUCCUGAUUCUCAAUCAGCAUAUGGCAAUGGCACAUAUGCUGCUCCAGAAAUUUAUAAGGAAGGACAAAAUACUAAAAAAUCCGAUAUUUAUUCAAUUGGUGCCACAUUCGAAGAAUAUAUUCUUAAGAUUCAAGGGGAUGACGACUUCAAAAACGAUUUACUUGACAUAGUUUCUCAGACAAAAGCUGAAGAACCUGAUAAUAGAAUAUCCGCAGAUGAUCUUGUUAGCCAGCUUGAAGAAUUACUUAAGAAAAAUGAAAUGGAUAGCAUUAUAAAUGAAUUUGAGAGUCGGAUCGAGCCCUGUAAAAAUAGCUACACAUUCUAUAGACUUGAUGAUAUUGAUGGUGUAGAAUAUGAAGAUAACAAGUAUAUUGAAGAAAUCGUUAAUCUAGUUAAAAAUUAA